AUGACUGACAAAAAUGAAAAGGCCAAGACAAAUUCGACGCCAAACCCACCCCCCAACUGGUUGUAUGACUUGAUGCUCUGGAUCUUCACAAUCAUCUUUGAUCUUUUUUUCCGAAAGAUUCUUCCUCGUGGAGCUUAUCGAAUUCCCAAAAAGGGUGCUGUGAUUUUUGUGGCUGCUCCUCAUGCGAACCAGUUUGUUGAUCCCAUGAUGCUGAUGCAACAAGUAAAAGUAUCGUCUGGUAGACGCAUUUCCUUUCUCGUUGCUGAGGCUAGUACCAAGCGACCAUUUAUAGGAUUCAUGGCAUGGGCCACCAAUGCAAUUGGCGUUGUUCGAGCCCAAGAUAACCUUGUCAAAGGAUCUGGUACUAUUUACAUGGAGGAGAGUGAUCCUUUGAAAGUUCUUGGCAAAGGCACAAAGUUCACUCAAGAAUGUGAAGAAGCUGGCCAUGUUGGACUUCCACAUGGACUUGGUAUGAACGAUAUUGAUAAAAUCAUUUCUGACACUGAAUUGACUGUUCGCAAGGAGUUUAAGCCAAAGGCACGUGAUCUUCUUCUUAAAGGCACAACUUAUAAGGUAGCCAGUAGAGUCAACCAUUCUGACAUGUAUCAUAAGGUAUUUCGCCAUCUUCACGAUGGAAACUGCUUGGGAAUCUUCCCUGAAGGUGGCUCUCAUGACAGACCUGAUUUGUUACCAAUCAAGGCAGGUGUUGCUAUCAUGGCACUGGGUGCUAUAGCGGAUAAUAGAGAUUGUAAUGUGAAAAUCGUUCCUUGCGGAAUGAACUACUUUCAUCCUCAUAAAUUUAGAUCUCGGGCAGUUAUUGAAUUUGGUGAACCUGUGAGUGUGCCUGCUGAACUGGUAGACAUGUAUUUAGCUGGUGGCGACGAUAAAAGAAAGGCUGUUAAGAGUUUGUUGGAUGAUAUUACGGUUGCUCUAAAGAGUGUUACAAUUACAUCUCCUGAUUAUGAUACACUGAUGAUUCUCCAAGCUGCUCGUAGGUUGUACUUGCCCAAGGGUAAACAGGUGCCUUUAUCACUUGUUGUGGAGCUUACUAGAAGGUUUACUGAAGGUUAUAAUCACUACAAAGAUGAUCCAAGAAUUAUUCAUAUGAGGGAAAUGGUUUCUGCCUAUAAUAGACAAUUGAGUGAUCUUGGAAUUAAGGAUCACCAAGUCGAAACUGCCUCUUUGAGCCCACCGACUGUUAUUGGCAAGUUAAUAUUUCGUACUGGUAAACUUCUCGUUCUCUUAAUUUUCAGUUUGCCUGGUGCUAUCUUGUUUGCCCCAGUCUUCGUUGCAACAAAACGAAUUUCAAAGAAAAAAGCUGCUGAAGCUCUAAAAGCAAGUAGUGUUAAGAUUGCUGCUAGAGAUGUGUUGGCUACAUGGAAGCUACUUGUGGCCAUGGGGCUAACUCCUGUAUUGUACACCUUUUAUGCAUUUCUAGCCACUUGGUUAUCAUACAAAUACGAGCUUGUUGAUAGAAAUUGGAGAUCUCUUGUUUUUGUCACUAUUGCUUCGUAUAUUGUACUACCGUCCGUGACGUUUGCAGCCUUAGUAAUUGGUGAAACUGGUAUGGACAUAUUCAAGUCUUUACGACCAUUGGCAUUGGCACUUAAUCCUAGUCAUAAAAACACUGUUGCCAAACUUAAACAGACUAAAGCUCAGUUGAGUGAAGAAAUUACAGAGUUAGUCAAUACUUUAGGACCAGAGUUGUAUCCCGAUUUCGAGCAUGAUAGAAUCAAGCAACCUUUGUUCCGGUCAGAUGAUCGUAGAGCAUCUAGACGUGACCGUGCCAGUUCAAAUGCAUCCGACUGGUCCAUGGCAUCAUCUGGCGAUGAGUCGGCAGCUAUCUCAAGAGUUAAUUCAGAAUUCGACUUGGCCGAUAUUCCACUAUUCAGCUAUGGAUCAUCUUCUGGACGAACAACCCCAGGUAGUCAUAGUAGAACUGUAUCAGACACUUCAUCUGUUGAGGACUUGAACGACUCUGUUGAAAGAGCUACUGGAAGUGAAGCAUUUAACACUGAAAUAAGUAAAAGAAUACGCGGUGCCAUGGCAGAACGACUAAGUCGAGGUGAGCACGAAAACUAA